UCUUCAUUAAGUUAAAUCUCUUGAUAAGACAAUGAUAAUUUAAAAUUAAAUUUGAAAAAGGACAUUUAAGCAAGCUAUGCAUUUAUUAGGAAUGGAAGGACAAUUAUUUUCUAUUUGUGCUUUACUAUUUCUUACGAAUUGUGUUACAGGUGAUAUUGGCUAUUUUUGGCAUGUAACAGACUUUCACUAUGAUCCAACAUACAAUAGGACAUCCUUGUCUUGUCAAGAAUCAAAUGGUGGGAAUCAAAUGGGCCGUUUCGGGAACAUGUGGUGUGACUCUCCCUGGGUUCUUAUAGAAAGUAGCGUUAAAGCUAUGUAUUCAAUAAAAACGGACAUAGAUUUUCUGUUGUGGACAGGGGAUACAGUUCUGCAUGCAUCUGUAAAAGAUCUUAACCACCAGUUCAAUUCAGUCAUUUUGGACAAUGUGACAGAUCUUUUGAAGACUACAUUUCCUAAGAAACCAGUAUAUGCAUCAUUCGGAAACCACGAUUCAUAUCCCAGUGACCAGUUUAAACCAAAGAACACAGUCCUGUAUAACGAAUCACUUGCAAGAUGGCGCAGCUGGAUAAAUGAUAGUUCGCAAGAUGCUAACUUCAGGAAAGGUGGGUUUUAUUCAGUGAAGACUCCCCAGAACAUCAGAAUAGUGGCUCUUAACACAGUUCUCUACUACAUACCAAACAAAGCGGUACAGUCUGAUGGUGACCCGGCUGGACAAUUUGCCUGGCUAACUCAAAUACUUGAGGCUGCUCGAAAACAGAAAGAAAGGGUCAUCAUUACAGCUCACAUUGCGCCUGGUGUUACACCGACUGGGAAGUCUGAAUUAUACAAACAUCAAAACGACAGGCUGGUAGAAAUAAUGAAAGAGUAUUGUGACGUCAUCAUCGCCAUGCAUUUCGGACACGAACAUGCUGACGCAUUUAAAGUGCUGAAAAAUAAAGCAGGUGUUCCCGUGUCACCGGUAUUUCUGGCUCCUUCGGUGACUCCGAUAAGAUUUGGUCCUGUGCACAAUCCAGGGAUUAGGUUGGUCAAGUACGACCGAUCCACAGGACAGCAUCUUGGCAUCUCACAAUACUAUCUUGACUUAUCGAAAGCGAAUAAUGCGGGAAGGGCUGACUGGAAGCUUGAGUACACAACAGCCAGUACAUAUGGUUUACAAGAUUUAUCUGCAGGAAAACUUAGCUCAUUAACUGACAAAAUGAGGGAUCCGGACAGCCUGGAAUUCAAGACUUACUGGAAAUAUUAUGUGGUCAGUCCAUCAGAAGAGUUAACUGAUGCAUGUAACUCGACUUGUCAUGCAUCAGUUGUAUGCGGGCUCACUGAAUUUAUUAAAGCGGACUUUGAUAAGUGCGUGGCAGAAAUGUUAACAUCGUCUGCAAUGCAGUUGUCUUACUGGGUACCAUUAUUUGGUAUUUCUGUUAUGUUAUUGGUGUUUUGCUAAAAUCUGGGUUAUUUCUAAUUUUAAUUCAAUUUCAAAAUUAUACAUGAAAAUUAUAUAUGUAUCUUUUCAAGGGAAAUUUAAGUUGACCGUGCAUACUUUUAUCUUUGGACGGAUCUAUAUAAACUGAAACGGUUCGACGAUACACCAGCGCUUUCGGUGCUAUUAUUUCUAGUGAAACAAUGAAGACAUAAUGGUAUUUAAUGAUAAACGUGUCCCAAGUAAAAUUCAAGUUGUGUAAUUCUG